GCAAAGUUGUUUUACUUCAGUUUCCAGCAGAACAUGGCAACGUACAAGAACUUGAUAACACAAUCCAUGUAUGAUAAACAACUAGACAGUAGGAAGGGAACGCUAUUACACUUGUGCGAUGACGUUAUUCAGCAAGAAGUAAAAGAGGUGAUGAUUUCCUUCUACAUACUAAUGGAGCAGGGGAAAGCUACCUUGGAGGAUCUGGAUCUGAGAUGUGAGGAACUGAUAAAGGAAGAGUUUGGUGAGAGGUGUAACUUUGAUGUGGAUGAUGCAGUCCAGAAGCUAGAGAAGUUGGGGAUCGUUGCCCGUGACACCAUUGGAAGGUACUACUGCAUGGGGCUGAAGCGAGCCAACGAGAUCAUAGGGACCACCACCGAGGAGCUUGUCCUGAAGGCCAAACAGGGGGUCACUCCUUCUUGAACUUACCACCUAAGG